AUCCAGUUUCUCUGCUGGUACCCAGCUUGCACACAUCCUCAGCAUCCUUCACCACUUAAGUGUACCUGCCCUGCUUGCCUCAGCCUCCUACUUAUCCUUGUGGACUGCUGCCUGCCCUGCACUGGAUCAAGUGUCCUCUGCUGUGAAAUCACAGAAGCCCUGUGGAUUUCUGUAUGUCCACAAAGAGCAGGAAAUGCAAGGAGCUGCCCGCUGCCAGGGUCAGCUUCCCGGACGUGGGGGAAAGCGGGGGAUGGCUUGCCAAGAAUGGAGGGCAGUGGGCUCCCCUGCCUCAACCAAGGGGAGUUCUGGUCUUGCCUGCGGAGAGCAGCUCUUUCAUUGCUGGGGGGUCUCAUAGUGACUGCUACCACUUACACUCGCUAGAAGGUGAGGGCAGUCCAUCUGUAAGGAGAGUGACCAUGAUGCGGGAAAAGGGAAGGAGACAGGCUGUCCGUGGUCCUGCAUUUAUGUUUAAUAACAGAGCAACAAGCAUGACCCCUGAGGAGGAACGAUUUCUGGAUGCAGCAGAGUAUGGAAACAUUCCAGUAGUGAGAAAAAUGCUAGAGGAGUCUAAGACCUUAAAUGUCAACUGUAUGGACUACAUGGGACAGAAUGCCUUGCAGCUAGCUGUAGGAAAUGAACAUUUAGAAGUAAGUGAGCUUUUACUAAAGAAGGAAAACUUGUCACGGAUUGGAGAUGCCUUGCUUUUAGCAAUUAGUAAAGGGUAUAUAAGAAUAGUUGAAGCUAUCCUAAAUCAUCCUGCCUUUGCAGCAAACAAAAGACUCACCCUCAGCCCGUGUGAACAGGAACUACAGGAUGAUGACUUCUACUCCUAUGAUGAGGAUGGCACGAGGUUCUCCCCAGACAUCACACCCAUCAUUCUUGCUGCUCACUGCCAGAAAUACGAAGUUGUGCACAUGUUAUUAGUAAAAGGAGCAAAGAUAGAACGGCCUCAUGAUUAUUUCUGCAAGUGCAGUGAUUGCAUGGAAAAGCAAAAGCAUGAUUCAUUUAGCCAUUCAAGGUCCAGGAUUAAUGCUUACAAGGGACUGGCUAGCCCAGCCUAUCUAUCUCUUUCCAGUGAAGAUCCUGUGCACACUGCUCUGGAGCUGAGCAAUGAGUUAGCCAAGUUAGCCAAUAUCGAGAAAGAGUUUAAGAAUGAUUAUCGCAAGCUGUCUAUGCAAUGCAAGGACUUUGUGGUUGGUGUCCUUGACUUGUGCCGGGACUCUGAAGAGGUGGAGGCAAUCCUAAAUGGAGAUGUGGAUGCUGAGCCUACGGAACCUCAGAGACACAAACCAUCCCUGAGCCGAGUUAAGCUGGCUAUAAAAUACGAAGUCAAGAAGUUUGUGGCACAUCCCAAUUGCCAACAGCAACUAUUAACCAUCUGGUAUGAAAAUCUCACAGGAUUACGAGAACAGGUCAUCGCUACCAAAUGUUUUGUUGUCCUGGUUGUCGCUCUGGGACUCCCAUUUCUUGCCGUUGGUUACUGGAUUGCGCCAUGCAGCCGGUUCGGCAAGAUACUCCGCAGCCCCUUCAUGAAGUUUGUGGCUCAUGCUGCAUCAUUUAUUAUCUUCCUGUGCCUGCUCGUGUUUAAUGCUUCUGACAGAUUUGAAGGCAUUAAAACUUUACCAAACAUCACCGUCAUUGAGUACCCAAAGCAAAUCUUCAGAGUGAAGACCACAAGAUUUACAUGGACAGAAAUGCUCAUUAUGGUCUGGGUUGUGGGCAUGAUGUGGUCAGAGUGUAAGGAGCUGUGGAUAGAAGGUCCCAGGGAAUAUGUUCUUCAGCUGUGGAAUGUUUUAGAUUUUGGAAUGCUCUCCAUCUUUAUCGCAGCUUUCACGGCCAGACUUCUAGCUUUCAUGCAAGCCACCAAAGCCCAAACGUAUGUGGACCAAAAUAUUCAAGAAAGUGACCUUUCCUUGGUCACGCUUCCUCCUGAAGUGGAAUAUUUUACCUACGCCAGAGAUAAAUGGCUGCCGUCUGAUCCACAGAUCAUAUCUGAAGGUCUAUAUGCUAUAGCGGUUGUGUUGAGCUUCUCCCGCAUAGCAUACAUCCUGCCAGCCAAUGAAAGCUUUGGGCCACUGCAGAUAUCACUCGGCAGGACGGUGAAGGACAUAUUUAAAUUUAUGGUCCUUUUUAUCAUGGUGUUUCUUGCCUUCAUGAUUGGGAUGUUUAUCCUGUAUUCCUAUUACCUGGGAGCAAAAGUGAAUUCUGCCUUCACAACUGUUGAAGAAAGUUUUAAAACCCUGUUCUGGUCCAUAUUUGGCUUGUCUGAAGUAACAUCUGUAGUUCUGAAGUAUGACCAUAAGUUUAUUGAGAAUAUUGGUUAUGUACUUUAUGGAAUCUACAACGUAACAAUGGUGGUGGUUCUUCUCAAUAUGUUGAUUGCCAUGAUUAACAGCUCCUACCAAGAAAUAGAGGAUGAUAGCGAUGUGGAAUGGAAAUUUGCUCGAUCAAAAUUAUGGUUGUCUUAUUUCGAUGAUGGGAAGACACUUCCACCUCCAUUCAGCGUUGUGCCAAGUCCAAAAUCCUUUGUGUACUUAAUCUUAAGGAUCGUCAACUUCUGCAAGUGCAGGACAAGAAAGCUAAAGAAAGACAUUGAAAUAGGGAUGGGUGACUCCAAAUCCAGGCUCAAUCUGUUCUCUCAGUCUAGCACCAAGGUGUUUGAGUCUCGCAGCUUCAAUAGUAUUCUACAUCAGCCAACACGCUAUCAACAAAUAAUGAAAAGACUUAUAAAAAGAUAUGUGCUCAGAGCUCAGGUGGACAGAGAAAAUGAUGAAGUGAACGAAGGUGAAUUAAAAGAAAUAAAACAAGAUAUUUCCAGCCUCCGCUAUGAACUCCUCGAAGACAAAUCACAAGCCACUGAAGAGUUGUCAGCCUUGAUUCAUAAAUUAAGUGAAAAGCUAAAUCCUAGUAUGUCAAGGUGCGAAUGAAUAAUCGACCAAGGAGAUUUAUCAACAGCACGUACAAUGGCAAUAAACUUUUUAAAAAAGCAUCCGAUACUUGAAGAAAAAUAUGUCUGGUAGAUUUAUAGCACACAAUACCUUAACUAUGUUUAUCAUUUCAUAUCUAGG